CGAGGAAGUCCAACCCGACCAACGGCUCUGCUUCAAAUUAUCCACAGUGAAGUUACAAUUUUCAAUCCGAAUUGUGGCCGUGGCGGGAAGUUCAAACCCCGGCCAUGCUCUCGCCGGCGUUCAUCUCAACGGCCACUAUUUCUCAGCCACCUUCUCGUUUCUCCGUUCAACCACCGCCAACAUCACCAUCCACACGACGAAUCUGUUCCGGAUGGAAGCUCACAAAUAUCGGCCGUUGUAAAAAUUCCACAAAUUUUCGGUUCCAUCCCGCCAAAGAACCAUCCCGGGCUUCGCCGGUCACCUCCUCGACGGAAACACGUACUGCUCAAGAACCCGCCGAUCUCGAAUCCUGCAGUAAUCAGCCGGUGAGUGGAUAUUUAAGUCCUUAUCUGCUUGCCGUUUGGCUUCGGUCCAGUCGUAGCGUCAAGGAAUUGAGGGCGAUACAUGCGUUUAUUUUGCGGCAUUUGACAAGUUUAGUGAUUUACGUUGGGAAUAAUUUGAUUAGUUCUUACUUGAUAUUCGGGAUGUUGGUUGAUGCUAGAAAGGUGUUCGACGAAAUUCCGAUGAGAAGCGUUGUAACCUGGACGGCUAUUAUUAAUGGAUAUAUUGAUUCUGAUUUGACUGAAGAAGCUUUAGGGUUGUUUCAUGAUUCGAUUAAGUGUGGCGUCCAAGCGAAUGGGAAGAUGUUUGUUUGCAUAUUGAACUUGUGUGCUAAGAGGUUGGAUUUUGAGCUUGGGAGGCAAAUUCAUGGCGUUAUUUUGAAAGGUAAUUGGGGAAAUUUGAUUGUAGACAGUGCCAUCGUUUACUUUUAUGCACAGUGUAAAGAUAUUUCCAGUGCUUUCGUUGCAUUUGAGCAGAUGCCAAAGCGUGAUGUUGUCUGUUGGACUUCCAUGAUUACUUCUUGUUCCCAACAAGGGCUUGGACGAGAGGCGAUUUCGAUGUUUUCAAAUAUGCUAAGCGAUGGAUUUCUACCUAAUGAAUUUUCUGUAUGUGGUGUUCUCAAGGCUUGUGGAGAAGAGAAGGAGUUGAAGAUUGGGAGACAGUUACAUGGUUUGAUAGUUAAGAAAAUAAUAAAGAAUGAUGUUUUUGUUGGGACUUCCUUGGUUGAUAUGUACGCCAAGUGCGGGAAUAUGGCGGAUUCGAGAGAAAUAUUUAAUGGGAUGAGGAAUAGAAACACGGUUACAUGGACGUCGAUCAUAGCUGGCUAUGCUCGGGAGGGGCUCGGCGAGGAGGCCAUAAACCUCUUUAGGUUGAUGAAGAGGCAGAGGAUUCCUGCCAAUAACUUAACCAUCGUAAGUAUCCUCCGCGCUUGUGGCUCGAUUGGGGAGUCAUUAACUGGGAGAGAAGUUCAUGCCCAAAUUGUGAAAAAUUCUUUUCAGACAAAUAUACACAUCGGAAGCACUCUAGUCUGGUUCUACUGUAAAUGUAGGAAUCAACCUAAGGCCUCCAUGGUUCUUCAGCAGAUGCCUCUUAGAGAUGUGGUUUCCUGGACAGCCAUUAUUUCUGGCUGUGCUCAUCUUGGCCACGAGUCCGAGGCUCUCGAGUUUCUGAAAACCAUGAUAGAGGAAGGAGUUGAACCAAAUUCCUUUACUUAUUCUUCGGCUUUAAAAGCGUGUGCAAAGAUGGAAGCCAUUCUACAUGGGAGAUUGAUCCACUCCUCUGCAAAUAAAACAUCUGCAUUGUCCAAUGUUUUUGUGGGAAGUGCAUUAAUUUACAUGUAUGCAAAAUGUGGAUACGUAACCGAAGCAUCUCAAGUUUUCUACAGCAUGCCGGUGAGGAAUUUGGUUUCUUGGAAGGCCAUGAUUUUGGGUUACGCAAGGAAUGGUCUAUGCCGAGAGGCUUUGAUGCUUAUGUAUCGGAUGCAAGCCGAAGGUAUUGAAGUGGAUGACUACAUUCUUGCAACAGUUUAUGGAGCCUGUGGAGAUGCUAAGUGUGAUGUAGAGCCAUCACUUGAAUAUAGCUUGCAAACCAGUCAUUGACCUCCGACUCGAAUGGUUAUCUAGAUUCGACCAACGACAAGAUUCAUGCUAUAUGAUUCUUGCCAUCUCAAAGAGCCUUGUACUUCGUUCACUCGAUGUUCUGAUCAGAAUGGCAAUGACUUGACGGAACACAUUUCUGUGAUCUUCUGUUACUCCAAAUGUCAUAAUUGUGCAUAGCGGAGAAAUAAAAACUCAACUUUUCCCUGCC